AUGUCCCCCACCAGUGGCAUCUCGCAGACUGGAAGGCUGGCAGUGAUCCCUACCAGUCCCUCUCCGGCUCGAGCACAACCACGGGGACCACAGCCAUCGAGUGUGCCAAGGCACGGGGCAGCUCCGAGUCCCUCGUGUCCCCUUCAGUUUCCAGGGCCACAACACCCUCCCAGCUCUCUGCUGAGGCAGAUGUCAAGACCUUCUCUCCGGGAAGGCCCACAGGGCUGAUGUCCCCAUCCAGUGGGUACUCCAGCCAGUCGGAGACCCCAACCCCCACCGUCCCCACCUCCGCCCUCCCUGGGCACUCCCCGCACCAGGUGCGGGUGAGGCCGCUGGUCCCCGAGAGGAAGUCCUCGCUGCCCCCCACAUCCCCCAUGGAGAGAAGCCCCAAGGCCAGGCUGUCCUUCGACCUCCCGCUGACUCCACCUGCCCACCUCGACCUCUCGGGGCUGAAGAUCUCCCUGAAGGGGAAGACAAAGGUCAGCCGGCACCACUCUGACUCCACCUUCGGCAGCAAGAUGGCGCAGAAGACUAGCCCCAUCACACCCAUCAUGCCAGUGGUGACGCAGUCCGACCUGCGUUCUGUCCGCCUCCGCUCCAUCAGCCGCUCAGAGACAGAGGACAAUGUCAACAGCCCAGAGCAUGCAGAGGAGUCUAUGCGUGGCCCCUUCCCAGGGCCAGAGAGGAAGGUGAAGCCACCCGUGGCAGAGAAGCCACCACUGGCCAAGCGCCCCCCAUGCAUCCUGCCCAAGCCUCCCACUCUACGGGAGGAGGGUCCCCUGUCCCCCACAUCCCCAGGCACUGCUACCAAGGAAAAGGGGCUGCCACAGGAUGGCUUUGUAGUGCUGCGGAGAGGGGAACUGAGGAGGGGUCUGGGGGAUCCCACAUCAUCCCUGGCCCCAGUGAAACCCCGGCGGCUCUCGCAGGGCAGCCUGGAGGAUGAGGUGCGGCCAGAGCGGAGCAGUGCCACUGAAGGGGAGCGGAGGAAAGCUAAGGUGCCGCCACCAGUGCCCAAAAAGCCCAGUGUGCUGUACCUGCCACUCAUGCCAGUCCCAGCACAGCUGGGAGGCAGCAUGGGGGACCUGCCGCCCACCCCUAGCCCCAUCAUCACGCUGGACACUGACCCCACCUGCUGCGACCCUGACAAUGAUGAUCCGCCGUCCCCUGAGGCUGUGGGCACCGUGCAAGCCAGUGACCCUGCCUUGGAGCAAGGCAGCUCAGCAGAGGCCAGCAUGGAGGAGAAGAGCUUUGCCAGUGACAAGACAGCCGAGUCCAUCGCGGAAGAGGACGACGAGGUGUUCAUGACAUCCCGCACCACAGAGGAUCUCUUCACAGUGAUCCACAGGUCAAAGAGGAAGGUCUUGGGGCGGAAAGAGCCUGGUGACACCUUCAGCAGCCGACCCACCUCCCACUCACCUGUAAAGACUUCAGGUUCCCCCACCGUCGAGUCCCCAGCAGCAGUGGGCGGCAGCGGGAAGUCUUCCAGCUGGAAUGAGGAUUUUAAAGCCCUGCGCGAGAAGAAGAGCAGCAAAACCAGUCCCGGUACCCGGCCAUCUGCUGCUGAACUGCUCAAGACCACAAACCCACUGGCACGGAGGGUCAUCACAGAAUUUGCCCCUGAGCUGGACAAUGCAAACAGCCCCAAAAGCCAGCCCUGA